AUGUCUGGUCAUAUUUCAUCGGAGCAUUCUCGCUCUAUUUCACAAUCCUCUCAAACGCCACAACUCUCCAGCGAUUCGACACCUCGCCGCUCCUUCGGUCGCACCUCCACCUCCAAUCCAAAUGUCUUCGCCGACGAAUACUCAUUAGAAACCAUUGACUCCGAUCGCAUCGAACGCCCCCACAGUCCCUCUUCCAUUGCAUCCUCCUCUACUCUUCGGGAAAACACCCAGCCAAGGGCUGUUAGCACGGGCCCGACCGAGAACGAUAACCCGUUCGCUGAUGACGCUCGGGUGUCCUUCGAUGAACCUCAUCGGUCAAGUCUGCCUCAAAAGGGGUAUGCUUUCGCCAACAACCGUAACUCAACCUCCUCUCUCAACUCGACGCCUUCUAUGAUCCAGCGCAAUCAGAGCGUUUCUUCUCGUUUCUCGAUUCCCCGCGCUCUGAGCCCCUACACCGGAGCCACCGGACCCAGCCAUCCAUAUGGUAUGUAUCCACAAGUUGGGGUUAGCCGGUCGCCCAGUGUAGGUAGUACUUCGACGAUCCGCCCAAUUGAACGCCCACUUGAAGGGUCAACCGGUCCGCAGCACCCCUACGCGAUGUACUCGCAAAAUGUGGUCGAAGAAGGAAUGGAUGACGAUAUCAUCCCAGUCGGAUUUCCAGGCCAUAACCCACCAUAUCAACCACCCGCUGGUCGCCAGGCUGAUGAUGUGGGUGAUAUCAUUGGACCGGAUGGUCACGCAGAGCCGCUACCACCGUAUUCACGCUAUCCAACUGGUGUUAUACCGAAGCCCCCAGGGCCUGAGACGGUAGUCGAUCUCGAUCCUCCGCCGGAGGAACGCCGUCUCAACAAUGAAAGUUCAAGAGCGGCGCCGAUUUCAGAAACCUCAUCAAGGGCUUUGGUGCUUGAACAUUCUGGUGAUGGGAACGAUAAUGGGCACGGGGAGGAAAGAGUCGCUGCGACCACAGGCAUCAUGGCCUUCGAAGAGAAGCUUAAACGCAAGGGGAAACAGACCGCAUGCUGUGGCCUGCCAGUAUGGACGUUGGUCCUCAUUGCAACUGUUAUGCUCAUUGGAGGAUGUAUUGGAGGCGUCAUUGGUGGUGUUCUGGGAACCAAGAAAGCCGCAGAAGCUGCAAAGCAAGAACACCAGGAGGCCCAACAAUCCAGCCCUUUACCAAUCAUAACGGUCACCGCAACCCCUCAGAUGGAUGCAUCAAUGAUAUCCACCCCCACAGGUCUCAAGGGAGUCCCUACGGGCUACUACACGGUACCUUCCGGUUACCAGAAUGGAUCUGGGCUUUGCGUGGACGAAUCGAAUUACGGCAAAGCCUGGAAAUGCAUGCAAUCACCGAGCACAAUCGAUAUUUUUAUCGGCGAAUCCAAUGGUCACCAUUCCAUCGUUUUCGACGACGGUGUUCCGACCCCGACCUUUACAUAUGGUGCCCAGGCGCCGUAUUGGUCUUCUUCGCCUACACAAGCAUUGAGUAUGGCCAUUGAUACCACUGAUAUUGGCAUGGGUCCUGCUCUGUUCUUCCUUGCUCCCUUCGACAAGUUGGUCAUUGUUCCGGACGAUACAUUCUCUAACUCCAUUUCUAAGCGCACAUUCGUGGAAGACGGAUGGGCAAAUGCAAAUGCCUACAAGAAUUUGAAGCAGACCGCAGAAAUUGGCGACAAGCCGUGGUUUUGUUGGUGGAAUAACACGAUGAUGGAGUUUUUCUUGUACGUCAACCAGUCGACGUCGAGUUCCUUGAGCACCACUGCUUCUAUCAACAGCAACAUGGCAGCAAGCACAGCUGGCUCCACUGCUGACGCUAAACGCGACUCCUCCGCCACCUACGCUUAUCCACGCAGGAUUAAGAUGGAGGAGCGCCGAGACGACCCAUCACGAGAAUCUCCCUACUGUCAGCAAAUGCAAGUUCGCAAUGACGGGGGUUUGGCGCUUCUUUCAGGCAGCAUCAUCAACAUCAAAGAGAACGAGCCCACGCCGACUACUACCUACACCAAUUAUAAAGGCGGCACUGCCCAGACAUACACUGCCCAGGCAUCUUACGCUAGCCCGUGCUACUGUGUGUCUCUGACUGACUAG